AUGGCAUUAGCCCGCCUUGUGCUGGAAUCCUCGUGGAUCGUGGCGUUUGUGUACUACCGUCCGCUACAGUCGGUAGUGGGGCAAACGAUUGGAGCUGCAGCUGAGUUUCAAGACCCGCGCGUCGCAGCUCAGUUACAGGAGCAGUACAAGCCGAGGACUCGCAACCUGAAACCGUACUACGGCCCAGAGGAGCUAAACAAAGCAUUCUGCACAAAGUUCCAGGUGGUUGAUAAAGCGUCCGGACGGACAGAUAUCAUGACAGCCAGGCGACCUGGCUCGGCGAACGCGGUGGUCAAUCUCAGUGCCUUCGAUGCAUAUAGCAUGAGGACUCCCAAGCUCUCGAGCGCCCUCAAGCAAAUAAGCAGCAUUGAGAACAGCCCUCUGGGGUUGAUGCCGCGUCCGGGAGCGGAAUCUUCUGAGAAGACCGCACGCCCAUCCGCAGGUGCCUGCAUGAACAGAAGCCAGCUUCAUUGCAAGGAUAGUUGGCUUGCUCCCGACGAAAACGCCUCGACGCGGAGACAUCUUGGAGAGAGUAAGCGCCACGUGGCGCUUUUUUGGGCUCAGCGGCCCACUGGCACAAUUCUGCAGCACGUCUCAUCUCCAAAGCGUCCCCUUCCGUCGCGGUACACUGUGGCACGCCAACUGCACUCUGUUGCGUCAGACCUGCGCCCCGACCAUCCGCCUGUGCAUGAAGCUCACAGAAAGCGCGAACAUGUAUCCAUGGACAGCACACAGCUUGAAGAGGAUCAGAACCACCGUUUGCCCCCCCCGUGCGUUGACUUCGAGAACCCUUCCGACUUCCACCAGCGCCAGCGAGAAACAAAGAUUCACGAGUACAGUCAGCAGCUCAAAUCUUACGAUAAUGCCCGUCGUGCGGCCAUCGAAGUCGAACGUCAGCAACUUGCUGACGAGGAGCGCUAUUACCAGGCGCAGCUUCAACACUACGAGAGGGAGCGCCAGCGGCAGGAAGCGCAAGACAAAGCAAUGGAAAGACUCCAGCAGGAAUACUACAAAGGACCGUUUGAAAAAAAAUCAGUUCCGGAGUAUCCCUUCAAAAGGGACCCACAGCAUUGA